AUGCCUCCGAAGGCGCGAUCCAGUCCUGCCGUGCCCUGCCGCGAACGUCUGACCUUGGCCAAGCUGGCCAGCUACGACGACGUCGCAACGGAUGCCCUGGUCGAUCGCGCCGCCUUUUGGACCAACACGCGCAAGAACCGCACCAAGUACAGCCCAGCUCGCGGUAUCCACGACGACGAUGUCGCGCACAUCCUUCUCCACGAUGUCGUCGUCGCCAAGGAUAUCCCGCAAGCCGAGCGCAAACUGCUCGACAUGUCCGGCUUGAAGAAAUACAUGAACAGCCUGCCCACCCCACGCGAGAAGGAGUGGUUCCGUCGACACAUCCGCAAAUACAUCCAGAUCUACCACCCGGAUUGUCCAUUCGAGGUCACCACCACCAAUCGCUACACCAUCACCGAGCAUGAGGCGGCUAUCGGUGCGCGUAAGCCGAUCAAGAAGAAUGAAGAGAUCAGAUUCCUCGCUGGAACCUUGGUGCCCAUGACCCGGGAAGAGGAGCUGGACCUCGGCUUGACGCGUAAGGAUUUCAGCAUUGUCAUGUCGAGUCGGCGCAAAACCCCGUCGUUCUUUUUGGGCCCUGCGCGGUUUGCGAAUCAUGACUGCGAUGCCAACGGACGCCUGGUGACAAGGGGUAAUGAAGGCAUGUCGGUUGUGGCUACGCGGAAUAUUGCUGUCGGCGAAGAGAUUACGGUCUCCUACGGCGAUGAUUACUUUGGAAUUGACAAUUGUGAAUGUCUAUGCUCUACAUGCGAACGUGCUUGUCGCAAUGGUUGGUCACCACAGGUGGACUCGGACUGCACCAGCAAAGAAUCCACACCGGCCUCCAUCGAUGAGGCAGCGGAUGUUCCACUGUCCGGAAGAAAGCGCAGACGUGACUCGUUGGACUCGGAUGUCACAUCCUCAGGCUGCUCGACCCCGCUCAAGAAGGCCAAGUUUCAGCGUCAAGUCUCUAAGCUCCGCGAAGAGAUCUCUGUUUCGGAGCUGGCUACGGAACCAGACACGACACUGGUAACAGUGCUUGCUCCAGAGAUCUCUUCGGAGCAGGCUACUGAACCAGAUGCAACACCAGUGACAGUACCUACUUCUGUCUCUGUCGACGAUACUCCUGCCACACCGGCCCAGGGCGAAUACCAGGUCUCGAAGCUGUGCGAGGAGAUCAAGCUUCCGGAUCAAGCCAUCUCUAUUGAACCCGUCUUGGAGGUUACAACCACUGAUUGCGAGUCUCCCGGCUCCCCUGGACCCGCCGAGUCUCACCGAUCAUCGACCUCCACCACGCCAACGUCCGUUGACGAGACCCCCGCCAUCAAGACCGAGGAAGUGAUUGAAACAACUGAGACCCCGGUUGACGGCGAGAAUGAUAACAUGGAAAAAGCCGUUAAAAAGCGCACCUACCGCAAGAGGCGCUUCAUCGUCUCCUCCGUCGAAACGGAGGUGCCAGUCGCCCGGGUACCGGGUGACUACACUAGGACAUCCAGACUACUCGCACAGAAGUAUGACCGCUGGAUCGACUGUUAUACAUGCAAUGUCUGGUUCUUGCAGUCGAAUUCAUACCAGAGACGGCGCGAGUGCCCUCGCUGCGAACGGCAUUCCAAACUGUACGGGUUCCAGUGGCCCAAGACCGAGAAGGAGGGUGCGUGGGAUGAUGAGGAGCGUAUCAUGGACCACCGCGAGGUCAACCGGUUCAUCAGACACGAUGACGAGAAGGGUGUGAGCCGCAGGGGCCGCGGCGUUAGCUUUGGGAUUACGCCCACCCCAGACGGCACUGACGCUCGCACCGAGACAGAAGCCAGUGAUGCGAAUGAUGAGCGCCGCCGGCCUACUCGGUCUAGUCAGCAGCGAGCCCGGGCACUCCGAAUGACGAUGUAA